AUGGCCGCCGCCGCCGCCGCGCUCCGCCGGGCCCUCGCGCCGGCGCCGGCGCUGCUCCUCCGCCGCCAGGCCCUCGUGCGCCUCCUCUCCACGCAGGCCCAGUCCUCCACCGCCCCCACCAUCAGCCCCGCCGAGCUCGUCCGCAUCAAGAACUCCAUCCGCAGCGCCGCCACGCCGCCCGACGAGCUCGCCGCCCUCUUCCUGAAAGGCAUCCCGUACCCGCCCUUCCUCGGCGACCGCUCCAUCUUCUCUCUCGCCGUCUCCCGCCUCACUGCCGCCGCCCGCCCCGACCUCGUCUCCUCCGUGCUCUCCGCCUCCCUCACCGCCCUCCCGGCGCCGCACCCCUCCGAGGGCUUCCUCAUCCGCCUCAUCGCGCUCUACGCCGCCGCCGGUAUGCCCACCCACUCCCUCUCCACCUUCCGCCUCGUCGUGCCCCCCUCCGACCGCGCCCUCUCCGCCCUCCUCGCCGCCUACUACGACGCCGGCCAGCCCGCCCGCGCCAUCGAGGCCUUCCGCGACCUCUCAGCCGAGCUCUCCAUCACGCCGGGCGUCGUGUCCCACAACGUGCUCCUCAAGUGCAUGGUCGCCACGGGGGACGUCGCCGGCGCCCGCCAGGUGUUCGACGGAAUGCCCGACAAGGCCGGCAUGCAGCCAGACAUAGUCUCGUGCAACGAGAUGCUCAAGGGGUACCUCAAGACAGGUGACCAUGCCGCGUUCGACCUGCUGCUCAAGGAGGUCACUGGCGGCAAGAGGCGGCUCAAGCCCAACGUCACCACCUACAAGCUCCGAAUGUCCGCCCUAUGCGCCAAGGGCAGGAGCUUCGAGGCCGAGGAGCUGCUGGACGCCAUGGGCGCCAAUGGCGUCCCGCCUAACCGGGAGUGCUUCAACACUGUCAUCGGCGGGCUCUGCAAGGAGGGAGAGGUGGGCGCUGCGGUGGCGCUGUUCAAGAGGAUGCCGGAGGUGCCCAGACUCAACGGGAAAGGUGUGUCGCCCAACUUCGAGACCUAUAUCAUGUUGAUCGAGGCGCUGGUCGAAAACAACGCGUUUGUCCCUGCCCUGGAGUUGUGCAAGGAGUGCCUGGCCAACAAGUGGGCGCCGCCGUUCCAGGCUGUCAAGGGUCUGAUCCAAGGGUUGGUGAAGAGCAGGAAGGUGAAGCAUGCCAAGGAGCUCGGCAUGGCGAUGAAGAAGGCCGCCAAGGGUGAUGCCAAGGAGGAGUGGGAGAAGGUUGAGGCGGACGCCUUCCAGCUCGCGCUCGCCGAGAUGAAAGCGUAA